AUGGUAUUAAUCAGGGAAGACUGGAAUGCUCGUGUAGGUCAUAAUGCCGUUGCGAUGAUCUCAAUAAUUGGCAAAUAUGGCAUCGGAGACCGGUGGGUCAAUGGGAAACAUCUUCUUCGUUACGCCGAAGAACGUGAACUUUUCGUUACUAAUACUUGCUUCCGGCAUCAUAGAAAAUAUCUAAUCAUAUGGAACUCCGGACAACCAACAUUUCAAUCAGAUUGA